GAGGGUUUGUAUGUGGUGGUAAAGAUCAAGGAAGAUCAUCGGAAAGAUCUUUUUUCUGAUUAUAGAUAUUCUUACAUACAAUUUAUCAAAAUAUUAAUUGUAUAAAAUUAAAAGAUUAAUUCAAUUUAUAUUACUUUUUUUUACAAAAGAUUCAACAAAUUCUGAUUUUAUGGCAUCAUUAGGUAUGAACGAUUAAGAAGAGUGCAAAGUUUCCAUAACAAAUAGCGAGGAAGCAAAAAUUAAGAAAGAAGGUCAUGAUAAAAAACAAGAUAUGUGGAAGUAUAACUAGGUAAAUUGGCCUGAAUAGUUAAAGAAGCUCACUUAUAAGACAAAAUACAUUAAAGUUGAUUAAAACCUUUAUGAUUACUUGGAAGAAGAUGGUAUUUACAUUCAUCCUAGGUAUUAGAAGAAUUCCUCACAGAACUAUCUUCUUGAAAAGAACAAAGACUUCCAUCUUUAACAAUAGAAGAAUGAAGAGGAAUAGAAUAAAUAGGAUGAUAGUUUUAACCAAGAUUAUGAUGAUGAAGAUCAUGAUUUUAAAUUCCGUAUUUUUUCUAAAGAGUUUGAAGAACAAGUUAAAGAAGCUUUUGAUGAUUUUGAAAGUGUCUUUGUUAAAUUAAAUUGGAGAGCUCCAAGAGACACUGAAAACUGGCUUCAUGGCCUACAAAUUGAUAAUUUGGAAGACUUACUUACUGUGCUUAAAAGUAGUGGAAUUCUUGCUGAAUUGUUAGAAGAAUACAAAGAUUAAUUUGGUCUAUGUUCUACUAUUAAUACAGAAAAUUAAUUUGAACAAGUCUAAUAGCAGAUAGAUUCUUAAAUGGGUUUAUAUUUAAUUUUAAAAAAAUGGUAUAAUUUGCACAAGCAUAUGAUGGUUAGAUGCUUUGUAAGAAAUAAAAAGCUCAUAGCAAUUUCUUAAAGACAUUGUUCAAGUGUCAAUCGCACUAUUGAAGAAUUUGGUGACUUAUUCUCUUAAAAAAUAAGUUCUUACUUCUAUGAAAAAAUAGCUCCCUUCUUUGAAGAAAAUAAUUAUGUAUUCGAUUUGUACAUUGGUAUAGCUCCUAACUACAAGCUUAGAUUACUUGAUAUAAACCCUUGGAGAGGUCACACAAACCCUCUCUUAUUAGAUUGGGAUCAGUUAGAAAAAAUAGAUACUGAGGAAUUUGGUUAAGAUAAAAAGAUAUUUAUUCAAUAUGUUAGGACUGAAUCCGAUGUAAUAAUAGAGGAUCUCUCAGCAUACAGAGUUCCUGAAGAUAUGCUUUUUGAUGGAGAAAAUGCUCAAGAAUCAAUGGAAAAAGUAUUUGAUUAUCUAAACAUCCACAAUAAAGAUUUGUAUUAAUGAUGCAAAGAGCUUACAUAUAUAUUUUUAUAAUACAUUUAUAUUAAUUUCUUAGUUAAAAAAUAAAAAUUGAUCAUUAACUUUUUUAAUUCAUUCAUUUUACUAAUUUAAUUUAUUUUACAUCUAAAAAUAAUGCAUAAUAUCUUCUUUGUAGAUCGACGUAAAU